AUGAGCACAAUCCAGAAUCUCAAGAAUUUCAUACGUCAUGGCAAGCAAGCCAGAGUCGCAGAACCUCCUCGCGAUCAACCAACAACCAACGUCUCUCCUAUACAUGCCCAACAGCAAAAAUACCAUCACGGCAUAAGCGAGCCUGCGGUCGGUCAGCGACAACUCCAACAGCACGUGCAGCCUCAGCCAGGCGAGUAUUCCGCCGCUGCCGUAGACAACCGCAAUGUCGCCGCACAAGCCGGUGGUGCCGCCGCCAAUGUCGCAGGCAAGCAUCAGAAGAUUCAGGCAGAGAUCGAGAAACUUGUCGCCGAAGAAAGAGAGCAGGCCAGCAAAAUGCCCAAAUACCCCGGCCUUGAAAGAUACAUACUGCUGGAAAAGAUGGGCGACGGUGCAUUCAGCAAUGUGUACAAGGCGCGGGAUACUCAGACCGGCGAUGAUGUUGCCAUCAAGGUCGUCCGGAAGUUUGAAAUGAACUCGAAUCAGGGCGAUGCUCAUCUUCAUCCGAAUUUCAAAAAGCAACCAAAGGGCGUGGAGCGAGCCAACAUUCUCAAAGAGGUGCAGAUUAUGCGCCAACUGGAUCAUCCCAACAUUGUCAAACUCAUCGAUUUCUCCGAAGCACGGCAGUAUUACUACAUCGUCCUUGAGCUGUGCCCCGGCGGAGAGUUGUUCCAUCAAAUUGUUCGCUUGACGUACUUCAGUGAAGAUCUCAGCCGUCACGUCAUUACGCAAGUUGCCAAGGCUUUACGAUACCUGCACGAAGAGUGUGGUGUUGUCCAUCGUGAUAUCAAACCAGAAAAUCUCCUUUUCUACCCCAUUCCCUUUAUUCCCACACGAAACCCAAAACCAAAAGGCCCGGAUGAUGAGGAUAAAGCCGAUGAAGGCGAGUUCAUCCCCGGUGUCGGUUCUGGCGGCAUUGGACAGAUCAAGAUUGCCGAUUUUGGCCUUUCCAAAGUCAUCUGGGACUCGCAGACUAUGACGCCUUGCGGCACUGUUGGUUAUACGGCGCCAGAAAUCGUCAAGGAUGAGCGUUACAGCAAGUCUGUCGACAUGUGGGCCUUGGGGUGCGUUCUUUACACCCUACUGUGUGGAUUUCCUCCUUUCUACGAUGAGUCAAUCCAAGUUUUGACGGAAAAGGUCGCCCGCGGACAAUACACCUUUUUGUCCCCCUGGUGGGAUGAUAUCUCGAAGUCCGCCCAAGAUCUCGUCUCUCACCUACUCACAGUCAAUCCUGAGAAACGUUACACCAUCGAUGAGUUCCUGGCACAUCCUUGGAUUCGUAACACUUCUGAACCCACUUAUGCCGCUGCAGAUGCUCCUCCCUUGGCCACUCCCCUUGCAGUCCGACAGAAGCAAUGGGCACAGGCGGGCAAUGUCCCUGCCGAUGCGUAUGCGCUCGGGACGCCGGUCACUCCGGGCAAACGAGCCGACUUCCGAUCUCCUGGUGCUCUUAACCUUCGCGAGGUCUUCGACGUCGGUUAUGCCGUGCACCGCCAGGAAGAAGAAGCAAAGAGAAGAAAGAACUUCAAGCAAGGCUACCGAGGAGCGGGUGUGCCCGGUGGCUUGAACCCGUUGAACGAGGAUGAUGAUGCCGAGGAGGAAGAGUAUGAUGAAGAAGUCUCGAGCAAAGUCCCCAAGGCACAGCAACCCGCCGACGUCUCCAGCAUGGAAACGAAAAUGCGCCAGACGAAUCUUGGGACCCAGCCGUCGUCGGCUGCGCAAGCACGUUCGGCUGCUGCUCCCGCUCGAAGUCAACACCACACCAACCAGCAACAAGAGCGAGGCUACGGUCAACACAGUGCUGCCGUCGCGGCCGCAGCCCGGCAAAGCGUUGGACGGCGAAACAAGCAACCGUUUGAGCUCAGCUUGGACAAUUCGACGCUUUUGGGCCGGAGAAAUAAAGGAGCCAGGCACGACCAAGUGCAGCCCUCGAAAUUGCGGGAACAGUUGAGCGUUCGAUGA